CGCUCGCUCUCGCGUUGGCUGCCGGGAUCGCUGGCCGCUUUGGUUAAUGUCGGCCAUGUUUGCCAUGGCGCAGGGAGCGGGUCGAGCGCGGAGCUAGGGCUGCGGGCGGCUCUGGGCGGCGGGGCUCUCCAUGGUGUGUCGGGCCGGGUCCGGGAGCGGCUGGGAGGCCGAGGAGGCGGCGGAGGAGGCGGCGGAGGAGGCCGGCGCGGCGCCGCCGUCGUCGUAGCGAGCCCCCCCUCUCCCUCCCUCCCUGCCUCCGGGUGUGCUGAUUGUGAGGGAGCGACACCAUGAGCAAACUCUCCUUCCGCGCCCGGGCGCUAGACGCCGCCAAACCGCUGCCCAUCUACCGCGGCAAGGACAUGCCCGACCUCAACGACUGCGUCUCCAUCAACCGCGCCGUGCCGCAGAUGCCCACAGGCAUGGAGAAGGAGGAGGAAUCGGAACACCAUUUGCAACGAGCUAUCUCAGCACAGCAAGUUUUCAGAGAAAAGAAAGAGAACAUGGUUAUUCCAGUUCCUGAAGCAGAAAGCAAUGUCAACUAUUACAGUCGUUUAUACAAAGGAGAGUUUAAACAGCCAAAACAGUUCAUUCAUAUUCAACCCUUCAACCUGGACAAUGAACAACCUGAUUAUGAUAUGGACUCAGAAGAUGAGACAUUAUUAAAUAGACUAAAUCGAAAGAUGGAAAUCAAACCACUGCAGUUUGAAAUUAUGAUAGACAGGCUUGAGAAAGCUAGUUCUAAUCAGCUGGUAACACUUCAGGAAGCUAAGUUGCUGCUCAAUGAGGAUGAUUAUCUUAUUAAGGCGGUCUAUGACUACUGGGUAAGAAAACGGAAGAACUGCAGAGGACCUUCUCUCAUUCCCCAAAUCAAACAGGAAAAAAGAGAUGGCUCCACCAACAAUGAUCCAUAUGUGGCUUUUCGGAGGCGAACAGAGAAAAUGCAGACAAGAAAGAAUCGGAAAAAUGAUGAAGCUUCUUAUGAGAAAAUGCUGAAAUUAAGAAGAGAAUUCAGUAGGGCCAUAACUAUUUUGGAGAUGAUUAAGAGACGAGAAAAGACAAAACGAGAGUUGUUACAUUUGACAUUGGAAGUUGUGGAAAAACGAUAUAAUUUGGGUGAUUAUGGAGGUGAAAUCCUUAAUGAAGUCAAGCUUAAUACAACAGAGAAAGAGAUGAACACCACUCCAGCAACUCUUCAUAAUGGAAACCACCAUAAAGUUCAAGAAUGUAAAGUCAAGCAUCCUCACCAUUCAUCUAUAAAAGAGGAAGUAACUGAUGUUGUCCGUCAGAAGAAAAAGUAUCCAAAGAAGCCAAAAACUGAAAGUGUAAUAAGUCCUCAGCAGUCCACUACUGAGCCUUUGCCUACAAUCAGUAAAACCGAUAUCAAACAAUAUGACUUCCACAGUUCAGAUGAAGAUGAAUUUCCACAGGUACCCUCACCAGUGUCAGAACCAGAAGAAGAAAAUGAUCCUGAUGGACCGUGUGCAUUCAGAAGAAGAGCAGGAUGCCAGUAUUAUGCUGCUCGUUUGGACCAAACUAAUUAUCCUCCUGAGAAUCCAGAACUGGCAGAAUUGGAUAAGCUAAGGUAUAGGCAUUGCCUUACAACACUUACUGUUCCAAGAAGAUGUAUAGGGUUUGCAAGAAGACGAGUUGGCAGGGGUGGAAGGGUGUUAAUGGACCGGAUAGCCACAGAACACGAUCCUAUCUUGAAGCAGAUUGACCCAGACAUGCUAAGCAGUUGUUCAAGCUCUUCCCAAAACUUAGACUUUUCUUCUAAUUUUUCACGGACCAAUGCUUCCAGUAAACCUUGUGAAAACAGACUUUCUCUUUCUGAAAUACUAAGCAAUAUCAGAUCAUGCCGACUUCAGUGUUUCCAACCAAGGCUACUAAAUGUACAGGACAGUGAUAGUGAAGAAUGUACCUCAAGGAAACCAGGGCAGGCUGUGAAUAAUAAAAGAGUUUCUGCGCCAUCCGUAGCUUUAUUGAACACCAGCAAGAAUGGCAUAUCAGUAACAGGGGGUAUCACAGAAGAACAAUUUCAAACGCACCAACAGCAGUUAGUUCAAAUGCAAAGGCAGCAACUUGCUCAGCUCCAGCAGAAACAGCAGUCACAGCAUUCUUCCCAACAGACACAUCCAAAAGCACAGGGCUCAAGCACCUCUGACUGCAUGUCGAAAACGCUUGACUCGGCCAGCGCCCAUUUUGCUGCAUCCGCAGUGGUGAGUGCACCUGCUCCCAGUCGAAGUGAGGUGACAAAGGAACAGAGCACGAGCCACAAUAUCAAUGGUGUUGUUCAACCUACAGCAACGUCAAAAACUCUGUACUCCACAAACAUGGCUCUAUCGUCCAGCCCAGGGAUCUCAACUGUACAGCUUGUAAGGACAGUUGGCCACACCACCACAAACCACUUAAUCCCAGCAUUGUGCACAAACAGCCCUCAGACGCUUCCCAUGAACAAUUCUUGCCUCACCAACGCAGUGCACCUCAACAAUGUCAGUGUUGUUUCUCCAGUCAAUGUACAUAUCAAUACAAGGACUUCAGCACCAUCGCCAACCGCCUUAAAACUUGCCACAGUUGCUGCCAGUAUGGACCGAGUGCCAAAGGUGACCCCUAGCAGCGCGAUCAGCAGCAUAGCAAGAGAGAACCAUGAACCAGAAAGAUUGGGCCUGAAUGGAAUAGCAGAGACGACAGUCGCAAUGGAGGUGACAUAACCUAAAAGCAGUGGCUCUUCCGGUGCUGAUGGUGUAGUCAUUUAUAUUCCAGCUGAAUGCAAAACAACACUCUGUGGAUCACAGGGAAUUAAAUGGACCUAAAUGGACUAUCAUAUCGUAUAUUAAGUCGAUAUAUAAUGUACAUUUUGUAAAAUUGGGAAAAUCACUACCUUGUAAAAUAGUUUAUUUGUAUCAUCAAUAUUAUUUCUGUUACUUGAAUAGUAGAUAUUCAUCAUCAUGCUUUUGCACUUGAAUUUGCAACUGAAUGGAUUUAAAAAUAAUUCUUUAAUGGGAUCAUGAGCAUGAAAUGGGAUCCUGCAUCACUUGUUUUAAUUAUUUAUUUUGCCAUGUUUACAUUUUGUAUCUUGUAAAAAAUAAAUCCAACUUUGUGUCUAAAAAAGUUAAAGAUUCAUAGCUAGGAAAAAUUCUUGUAAUUUUUUUCUAAAGGAAAUGUAAAGUUUUCACUUGGUUCAUUUUGUUUCACAAUUUUAGAUGGACUUUUUGGUAAAUACUUUAGUGGCAUUUCACUGUCAAAAUAUGAAGUUCAAGGCAAAAUAGUAUUUUCUAUUACUGUGCAGGGGAAAGGGAUGGAUCGAUACAUGCAAAUUUAAUGUAGUAACCCACUUUUCCAUAUAUUUUGAAUGUAUAUUUCUAUUUAUAAUACCAGUUUAUAAAAAAUAAUUACACAGAAAACCUGAUUAGUAAAAUUAUGCAUCUAGCACAUAUUAAACUGUGCAGAUAUGAAGAAAAUUUUCAACUGAUUAUAUUUUAUCUGACGUCUGCAUAAUUUAACCGGCUUUUAACCGUAACACACCACAUAAAUGAUAUUUUACCAGGUAUGUAUUGCAUUAUAUAUCAUUGCAAUAAUUAUUGGAUGUCUAGAUAUCGAGCCAUCCCAGGUGAUGGGGGCGGGGGGAGGGUUGUGGCAGAUUGUCUUUCAAUUUUGGAGAGUUUUCCUGUGGCUACAAGGCAAGUAACGGGUUGGAAAAAGUCUGACUGUACGCGUUGGACACUUUCGUAGUGUAGUGUUUUAGUGACUUUUUUUAUACGGUUCUUGUAAAUUAGAUACGUGUAGUGGUGUUUCAGAAUGUUUGUUUAUGCACUAGUUCAGACAACUUUCCCUGUUACUUGUUCUUGAUAAGUGAAAACUGCAGGGAAAUAAAAAUACAUAUCAAAACAUG